AUGGCCCCCUCUUUGUUAGUCGAAAAUGGUGCUCAUCUGGCAUCCCCUCUUUCUCCCGGGGGGUUUCCUCAAUGGAGGCGCAUCUCUGGUGGUAUCUUGGACAUCGAUAGUGUCUCGAAUGGGCCUGCUCGCUCGAUCGCAUCCCGCCGGGUCUCCCGAAAGACCCUUGCCGGCGGAGAAUCAUCUGCUAUCUCCACUAUGGUGUAUUCUCUCAAGCGCCAGAGCGGUGACGAGCUAGGUGUAACGACCUCAUCCAAGCUCCUGAAUAACACAGAUACCUCUCUCUUGAAUUGGAUCCGUCACCAGAGAAUGAGCAAGCUGCCCCCCGAGGGGAGUAGCUACGAUAAGGUGCUGGCAUGGGCCCAGCUGUUUGUCGAGAGACUCCGUUCUUUUGACCUGGCGAUCGAGCAUUUUGUCGGCGAUAGCUACCUGGCUGCUCAGCUCGCUUAUGGAUACUGCGCGAUUCUCCUCGAGCUUGGAGAGGAGAACGCCUCUGCGCUCAAGAUCUCAUUCGGUUUCUUUUACAGCACCUCUAUGGUUCUCGUAAACCUGCUGGAGCGAACAGAGCUGUUCACUGUUUCCCAAGAUAUCCGCGAACAGCUGGUCCUGGCGUUGUCGGACCUGGUGACCCUGGUUGCUCGAGUCUCAACCUAUUUCCACAAAGCUCUUCGUGGAUUAUCUAGAGAGUCUAUCUCAAUUAAUAUCUAUGGAACUUUUGCCGGGCAAAUCGAGAACUUUCGGGGCCGCUGUGACAAGAUCGCGGAGGCAAUGUGGAAGCAUCAACUUCUGAAAGACGGGCUGGAUGGAAAUCGCGUCUCCGAGGUCAAGACCAUCCAGAACUGGCUGGUUCCAGAGGAUCGUCUGUUGGCCAAUGUUGCGGAGACCAUCUCGCACCUCGCGCAAGACCGGGAGGAACUGACCUGCCUUUGGCUGGGUCCGUACUUGACUCGCUUCCUGAACAGCAAGCAGCUUAAGGGUCUUUCAUUCUUUGGGAAACCCGGUUCAGGAAAGACUGUGCUGGCAUCGGUGAUCGUUGAUCACCUCCAGCACCCUAUCGGUGGUGUUUCUUACCAAACCUUGUUUGUGCCAAUUAAUAGCCGAAUCCCCGCCGAGACCAAUCCCCGCUCUGUUGUCAAGGCUGUGUUGCGCCAGCUGUUCGAGAAGCGUAUCGGGAACGUCCAACUGUUCCAGAUCCUUAUCAAUGCCUACGAAUCCAGCAGGAAGGCAAUCACUGAUGAGGAGUACGACAAAUUUCUUUGGGAUGCCUUAGAAGCCUCUCUGGGGGCUCCCCUUCGGGGUGCUAAGCCUUUGGUUAUCGUGGUUGAUGGGCUGGAUGAGGUGUCCGGCGACGAAGCUGCCUUGAUCCAGAAAUUACAGGUUGCGACUUCAAAAGCAAGCAAUCUGAAGCUCAUCACGCUCGGUUCCCAGGCGCUGAAGUCAGCCCCAGACCAUGCGAGCAUUCCAAUUGGCGCCGACCUGAUCUUCGAUGACAUCGCUGCAGUUGUGCGGAACAGCUUCGAGCAGAACCGAGCAUUCAACUCCAUGUCCGAAACAGAGCAGGAGAUCCUGAUCGACGACAUCACCCAAGCCUCCAGUGGCUCUUUCCUCUGGGCCAAGCUUGCAGUAAAGCAGGUCCGCCAGGAACCAUCCCCUGAGGCUCUUCAGAAGGCCGUGGCUAGUCUUCCAUCCUCCAGCAAGUUUACCAUCACGGACUUUGUGGCUCGCACGCUGCAAGAUGCCGACCUUGUGGAAGAUGCUAAAUUAAUGCUGAUUUGGCUUGCCACUGCCUACCGUCCCCUCACACUCAAGGAACUUGCCACCUUGCUCUCGAUCCAUGUUGACAAGUUCACCGUCGUGGAGAAGAACGUUGACAUUCUCCGUCUCUUGAAGCCUGCCAGCUCGCUGGUCUAUCUCGAGGAUGGCCGUGUCUACAUUCGACACGACCAGAUCCGAUCCGCUAUCUUGGAAGUCUUCUCCAAGGGCAAGCUGGUGCCGAGUAUUAAAGACAGACACGCGGACCUACUUCGGAGACUGCUGGUUUACGUGCGGCUUAUCGUGACUGAGGAUCACGAGCCUUCACUCACGGCUCUGGAUCGCUAUGAUACCAACAACCUCUUGGCCAAGCAUCCUCUGCUGGACUUUUCCCUCCGCUACUGGGUGGCGCACCUGAGACGAACCUCCGUUUUCAGUGCCGACGGAGAGGCGGGCGCAGCGAAGGAAUUCGGCAAGAUUUUCCCAUCCAACACAACCUUUGUCCUUCUCGAGAAGACCGUCUGGGAGCACAAGUCCAUUCCUGUCAUGUUGUCUUGGCACUUUACCUUGCACCGUCUGUAUCGCCACAUACUGACUCCAAACCACAUUGUCACUCUCCAGUCAAUCAUCAAUCUGGCCCUCUUGUAUCGCCAGAUCGAACGUUUUCCCGACGCGGCUCAGUUCUUCUACGAGGCCAUCACCGUCAGCCGGACCGUGCUUGCGCCCAACCACAUCAUUGCCAUGCAGAUGGCGAGCUUCUUCUUGGAAGUCACGACUGAUCAAAUAACUGAGACGAAGACUGAAAUCAUGAUUAAGAGAGAGGAAACUCUGUUGCUUCUCGUUGAGUGCUACAAGGUUCACUACGGAUCGACCUCUGAAAUCGUCAUUUCAACCCUGACACAACUUGCCGAGCACUACACGCUGAUAAAGGAAGAACAAAAGGCUAAGCAGAUAUACAUCUCAAUUCGGUCUGCUACGGUUCUGCAGUACGGUGCUGACUCCCAAGAGGUGCGCGAAAUCAGCAGCAGCUUGGAUGUGCGUCUGAAAAGCCCUGUGACCAAGACCGAAAUCGAGGUUGGCACCGGACUGGGUCUGGACAUCGUCGAGGAGGAUGAAUGGGUUGAGACCGAAAAGUACGACUUCGUCUCUCUCUUCCAGUUAGCGGAGAAGUACAUCGCCGAGAAACAGUUCGCUCUUGCUGAACGCACCUUUGUCGAGAUUUGGCAGCGAGCAAGCUCAGAGUGUCGUAUGAACUACUCUGCCGAAUGGGAGGAUAGAAAGGUGAAGACCGUCCUCGCGUACUCCAAGUUUCUGAAAUCGCAGAAGCGGGAAUACGAAGCCUCGUCGCUUCUUACCACCGUCUGGCAAGAGUAUGAGCAAACCAGCAUUGCCACCUCUGAGACCUCGAUCUCUCAUCUCACCGAGAUUGCCAAAGUCAUGAAGACCGUCGGUCUCUCUGCCUUGGCCCUUACCGUGUACAAGCGAUGCGCGCACCACUUUGAGAGCACCAGCCGCACCCAGACGUCGAGCUACAAGGAGAUCCAGCAGAGCAUCCAGUCCACCUCCAAAGAGGUCAUGCAAUCAAUGUCAAACUCGACGACGACCGUUACCUCUGAGACAACCCUGGAGGAGAUGGUCUAUGAGGCAUCGACCACCAUCACGACGAUUGACCAAAGCUCUAUCACCGCAGUUUCUACUCUCUUCCAGACGUACGUCUCCCAGCACCGCUGGCAUGACGCGACUCGGAUGAUCAAGAGGGUUCUGCAUGGCAUCUGGCCCUCCCUGUUUGCACCGUCUCUUGCAGACGUCACGAUCCCCGCCAAGUUUGUAGAUCACUGCGUUGAGAUGGCUGAACGCCUCAGCCAGUGCUAUCACUCACGUCGGCGCCUGACGAAGGAAGAAGACAUCCGCGAGAGGAUCUACCGCGCUGUUCGUUCUGACCGCAAGGUUGACGACAAGCUUCUGGGCCAUGUCACUGCAGAACUGCUCCGCCUGUUUGAGCGUACAACUCAGCCCGACAAGAUCAUCAGCCUUCGCCAGGAGAUUUUGGCGGACAACAUCAAGCACUACGGACCCCAUCACACCGUCGUUAUUCAGAAUCUCUGGAAGCUGGCUGAGCUCACCAGGCCACGACCCAUCUUUGUUGACUAUUACCGUCAGAUUGUGAGUGCUGUGAACAAGGACUCGGAAGUCUGCCUACCAGAAGCGUUUGAGGCUCUUGUCAUCGUUGCCACGGAACUUUGGAACCAAGGGAAGUAUACGGACGCCGUGAAUUACUACAAGAUAAUCUACAACACGUUCCUCAAACAACACAAAAUCAGUGCGAAGUUCGAGGUCCAGGAGUUUGUGCAGACUUUCUUCACUCGCUAUGUACGUUGUCUGCGCACAGUGCAGACGGAUUUGACCAUCAUUCACACCGUCACGGUUGAUUACCACGCGAAGAUCAAGGCGACUUUCAGUGCCACUGCCUCGAUCACCAUACAGGCCACCCUGACCCUAGCGAAGCUUUGUCAGGAGUCGAAACGCUAUGAGAUUGAAGCGAUCCAUCUGUACGAAGAGCUACUUUCGCUCAAGUCCGAGGAGAUUGACUACCAGGAGAUCACCGAGACUCUGGACAGCAUCUACGAAGAACAGGCCGCGAUUGUCACCUCGACGCGGUCGGAAUCUGUUUCCUCGACCCAGAUUGAGCGCGCGGUUUCGGUCCUCAAACGCCGUAUCUCAUCUAUUCGCCAGACCCACGGAUGGGCACACGAGGAGUCCCUGUCCAAAAUGCAGGAGAUGGUUUCCUUUUACUCAAAGCGCAACGAGAGUGAGACUGUGGUCAAAGAGCUGAAGGAAGCGACCGUGCAGAUUCUAUCGACCGAAUUGUCGUCGACCAGACUCAUCGCGGCCGCCUCCACGAUUGCUGCCAGCUAUAUUGCAUCUGGCCAGGUGCACCGGGCGACGGAGCUGUCUCAGGAAAUGUACCGCCAGAUCAUCAUGAAGGACACUGCGAACGUAAAGUCAGUGCAGUUCGAUCUCACCUCCAAGGAGCGCCAGAGUCUCGUGUUCCUGGCUCAGCUCGAGUACAGCCUCCGCGAGAACUCUUCCGUCACGCUGAACGAGAUCUUCUCCGCGCUGACGACGGAGUACGUCUACUUUGAGGAAUUCCGCAGUCAAACCAAGUCCACGAGCAGCAGCCUGCAUACCGUAUCGGUCUCAGCCGCGCGGCUGCAUGGAUUCCUUCUCGGCCGGAACCGCCAGGCCACGGCGACGCGCGUGUUUGAAGAGUUUACCAGCUACUUCCUCGCCACUGUGGGCAAACAAAUCAAGCUGAUCGAGACGCCGCGAGUGCGGAUCUUUAUCCAGACCAUCCUCGACUACUUCAGCGUCCAUGCGUCGUCGAACUUUGUGCGCUCGAUCGGCAUUGCGAGCCGCGACCACGUACGCCAGCUGAUUGCGGCGCGCAAAUAUGAAGCCGCAUGCGACCUCGCUUACGCCUCGUUCCGGUACAUCUCGACGCAGGAGGGCUACCAGACGGCCGGGAUCGUCAAACUUGUCUUCCAGCUGGGAAUGAGUGUCUCUGGUCGGGACGCGUCGGUGCGGGCGGACGAAGCGUCGCACAAGAAGAUGCUAGCGGUGUCGGCAGUGAUCAUGCAAGACGCGCUACGGGUGAUUAAGGGCCUGAAGAUCAACCUGGCGCAGGUCGACUUUUCCCAUCUCAACAGCCUAAUCGGUCUCCUAGGCGAGCAGCAGGACUACAAGACGCUGGCCUGGCUGCUCACGUUGCUGUGGAACAGCCGCGAGGCGCAGCGUACCUGGCAAUCUACCGCCACGCUUGCUCUGGGCCGCCGAUUCAUCCUGGUCCGGUACUUGGUGGGUGAGAUGACGGCGGCGCUGCGGCUGGCGGAGGACAUUGUGUACAACUGCCGACGGGUGCAUGGGGCGCGGCAUCCGAACACGCUCGACAUGUCGGUGCUGCUGUCGCAGCUGUACAGCAGCGCAGCACAGCGGUACCUGGCGCAGAAGGGUGGACAAGAGAUGGCGCACCGGUACUUCCGCAAGGCGGCGGCGGUACACGAGAACAUCCUGCGGGUGUUUAGCGAUCCGAUGUACGCGGAGCUCGAGGGUGGCGGAGAUUCGAUGCACGGCAUGGACGAGUCCAUCUACUCGGUUGAGAUGGGAGGUAUCCCCGCGAAUGGCGCCGCAGUGGCCAGUGGUGUGGUGGUGCUGACGGACGGCGAAUAUGUGCGACGACACCUGUAUCUGCUCAAGCUGGCCGUGGAGCGGCUGGGCGACUGGCCCAAGGAGUACGGCGAGUACGAGCGACUCAACAAGGACGUCUUCCGGGAGUUCAACAAGGAACUUGCCGGCGUGGAGGGGGUGGAGAAGUGGAAUCUCAAGGAGUUUGGCUCUGGCAAGGCCGAGAGCAAUGCUGACCUGUUGGACUUGACGAUCAAGGACUGGGAGGUGGUGGACACGGCCGUCAAGGAAGAGGAGGAGUUGUAA